CAGGGGAAAAGUAAGAUAACAACGUGCCCUGCCUUUUAGAAAUAGUUGGUUUCUGUGCUCUUGUCUGUUGUCUGCAAAAACAAGAUCCACGAGGACUGCAGAUUUAGAUGUCUCGAUGGAUACGUGGAACUUCUAUACUUGCCUGGUGUCCUUAUGGCUGCACAGACUUUACAUCUAUUCUGCUGUUGCUUUUGGGAUCAUCAUUUGGAUUGUCAUUCAGUUCACCACCACCAAAACCAAGAAGGGUGAAAAGUCCAGUGGGAAUCCUGCUUCUUCUGAAGGAAUAGAAGACAAACUAGUAAAUGGACAUGCCAGCCUGCAGGCAAAGGAGGUCUAUGUUGCUGGGGUAAAAAUUUUCUAUGGAUCUCAGACUGGCACAGCAAAGAGGUUUGCCAAAGGUCUGGCUGAAGCAGUUAUUUCCCUUAAUUUGCCUGUGGAAGUCAUUAGUAUGGGAGACUAUGAUCCAGAUGAUUGUUUAUCAGAGGAGACAACCAGCAGGAACAUUUGUGUGUUCCUGGUAGCUACAUACACAGAUGGACAACCAACCGAGAGUGCAGCAUGGUUCUGCAAGUGGUUAGAAGAGACUGCAAAUGACUUCCGCUUUGGGAAAGCAUAUCUGAAAGGCCUGAGAUACGCUGUGUUUGGCUUGGGAAACUCAGUUUAUGUUGAUCAUUACAACACAGUUGGAAGAAAUAUUGACAAGUGGCUGUGGAUGCUCAGUGCCAGCCGUAUCAUGACUCGGGCUGAGGGGGACUGCAACGUGGCCCAGAGCAAGCAUGGCAGCAUUGAGGCUGACUUUGAAGCCUGGAAAGCCAAGUUCCUCAGUCGGCUCCAGAUGCUCUGCAGAAGAGAAAAGAAGCCCUGCAGUGGGAAGUGCAAGAAAGGGAAGUGCAAAUCUCUGGGGAAGCAGAGCAAGGAGAGCUCAGAUCAUGAAGCCAGGGCAUCAGAAUAUGAGAAUACUGAGGCAGAGGAGUUGUUUGAAACCAGUAGUGAGGAGGAGGCUGAUGCAGAGGAAACUGGAGGCGCAAAUUCUGUUGUUGAUGUUGAAGAUCUUGGCACUAUCAUGAGCCACAUGAAGAAAGCAAAGAGAGAACGUGAGCUCGAGGAAGGAGAUGUUGGAAUGAGCUUGACUCAAGAGAACACUGGGAAGAAGGAGGAGGGUGAAAAGAGAGAGAUGGUAACUCCAGCUCUGAGAGAAGCACUCACAAAACAAGGUUACAAACUGAUUGGAAGUCAUUCUGGGGUGAAGCUUUGUCGAUGGACAAAGUCAAUGCUUCGAGGCCGAGGCGGCUGCUACAAACACACGUUCUACGGAAUUGAGAGCCACCGCUGCAUGGAGGCCACGCCGAGCCUGGCUUGUGCAAACAAAUGUGUCUUUUGCUGGAGACAUCAUACAAAUCCAGUGGGCACAGAGUGGCGGUGGAAGAUGGACCAACCUGAAAUGAUCUUGCAGGAGGCUAUUGAGAACCAUCAAAAUAUGAUCAAGCAGUUCAAAGGCGUGUCAGGAGUAAAAGCGGAUCGCUUUGAGGAGGCAAUGACGGCGAAGCACUGCGCGCUGUCACUGGUGGGAGAGCCCAUCAUGUACCCAGAGAUCAACCGGUUUGUGAAGCUCCUGCACCAGCACAGCAUCUCUAGUUUCCUGGUUACAAAUGCACAGUUCCCAGAUGAGAUUAGGAACCUUGAGCCAGUAACACAGCUGUAUGUCAGUGUGGAUGCCAGCACCAAAGAGAGCCUGAAGAGAAUUGAUCGACCCCUUUUCAAGGAUUUCUGGCAGAGGUUUCUGGACAGUUUAAAGGCCUUAUCUGAAAAGCAACAGCGCACAGUUUAUAGGCUUACACUGGUGAAAGCUUGGAAUGUGGAUGAACUCAAAGCCUAUGCUGACCUGAUAUCCCUCGGUAAACCAGACUUCAUUGAGGUCAAGGGUGUGACGUACUGCGGUGAAAGCUCAGCCAGCAGCCUCACCAUGGCCAACGUCCCCUGGCACGAGGAGGUGGUGCGCUUCGUCCAGGAGCUGGCAGACCUCGUCCCCGACUAUGAAAUCGCGUGCGAGCAUGAACACUCAAACUGCCUCCUGAUAGCUCACAAGAAGUUCAAGAUCAAUGGUGAGUGGUGCACCUGGAUCAACUAUGACCGCUUCCAGGAGCUGGUGCGAGAGCACGAGAGGAGCAGCGGGUCCAAGACUUUCACGGCGGCUGAUUACACAGCCAGAACUCCUCGCUGGGCACUGUUUGGGUCCAGAGAAAGGGGAUUUGAUCCCUUGGACGUAAGAUACCAGCGGAAGAACAAAGCGAGAGACAUCUCGGGGUGCUGAAGUUAGGUUGGGGCUCACCAGACUCCGGGCUGGCUGGCUGCUGAGUUUUGGUCUCCAUUUCUAGACUAGCACCAAUUUUGAAUCUAUUCACCUAGAUUUUUCUGAUGUUUGAUAUUGAGAAGGGGAGGGUAAAGCCUUUAUUUAACCAUUCCCUCCUGUUUUUAGGACUUCUUGGAUAAAAAUAUUUAUAAUGAUCUUUAUCUCAAGAUAAAUCACAAAUGGUGCAUGCCAGCAAUUUAUCGUAACUGGCAGCACGAGGAUGGAGGCAGUGGCUGUGGCCUCCUCAGGGGAGAGUGUUUGGAGCUGCAUGUGGAGGGGGAAUGUUUGUUUGACUUCUGUGCCCUGCUGCGAGGAGAGCCUGGCACGUGCUGGCACCCAACUCGGCAGCAAAAUGUUCCGUGUCCAUAAGGAUAAGUGCCAAGGGGAUUUCAGUGCCACAAGCUGGUUGGAUCUGUGCAGGUGGGAUGACAGACAGAUCUGGCUUUAAAAGCCGUGAGCCCUGCUGGAAGUACCAUUGUACAGAUAGGAACAAAGAUUUAUGUAUUUUAAACACUGGUGCCAGUUCCUAUAAAGAUCCCAUCCCCAAGAAGCUGAAGCUUGGGAAUUGCAUAAGUAACAGCACCCCUAGUAAUGUUGUCUGCAACUUCUGAUAUCUCUUCAAAUAUCUUCCAACUUGAUGGGUUUGGCAAUGAAUACUUUCCAAGUAGUCUUACCCUGCUCCCACAGCAGCUCUAAACAACGUACAUAAUUCUUCAGAGCCCUGUUAGGGUCCCGCCGUGUGUGUCCCGUGUCCUGCUGAUGGUGAGGACGUGCUGUGGGGAGCCAGCGGACUUGGGCAUCAGCAGACGGCUUCCUUCACCCCACCCGGGCAAGUCGACAGCUCGGCUCAAACUAAAUCUAGUUGAAAUCUCUUGUGUCAAAAAAAAUCAACUCUCAGUUUGAAGAGGCGAUGUCUAGACAUCGAGUCCAGUGGCACGUCCCCGGGUGUUGCUCUGGGAGUCACGUCUGGCACUCUGCUUGGAGGCACUGCAGCCCGACUGGAAAGCUGCGUUUAAAUGAGAGGGGAACGGGUUGCUUUCUGUUGGGAAAAUCCCCGCUUUCACGUGCUGAAGACCUCUCCCUUUCUGUUCACGCAACCCCUGUGUCGGUUGCAGUGCCCCGCGAGCUGCGCGGGAGCCAACACCCGCAGCAGGACCCCCGGUGUCUGGCUGCGGAACGGCUGAAGGAGGCUGCGCCGCUGCCGCUUCCCGGCGAGGCCCGGGGCCGCUCUCCUCCUCCCUCCCUGCGCCCGGCUGAAUUUUGGGGGGGGGGGAAUGGGCCUGGAGUGGGAGGCCAGCAGGCAGCGGGGCUCCUCCGCCUGCUGCGUGAUGGCUUGAUCUGCUCCAGCUAAAGCCCUUCAGCCCGGAGCCUGGUUGAACCAGCUGCAGGAAGAGGUUUAAUUUGGACCCAGAGGUGUCGGCUGGUGAGGGGAAGAAAACACGAAUCAGUGCGAGGGAUUUUUGUUUUCCUGUUGAACUCCAGGAGCACAGAGCAGAGGGUGUUCACAGCGCUCCCACCUUAACGGUGAGGUCCAUAAGCCUGAGGUUCCCACUGCCCCACGGUGCUGUUGGUGGUGAGAAUUCCCAGGGUUGUGAUUUUAUCUCUUUUUGAAAGAACCUUGUUUCUUAAACAGUAAAAAGUAUUUCUAAAGAAGAAAGAAAAUAAAGUAAUUUUCCCUAGAGCA